CCGCCAAUACAAUAAAGAAGAAGGAGGAGGAGCCUAUGAAAGAGAAGGCGCCAAUAUUGUAUUUCCAGCGGAGUGACAGUUGAUUUUGAAUUUUUCAGCGAUGACUGAAAACACCUUUCCCCUCCAUAAUGCGGACGCUAUUGUUAAUUUCUACCGCAGUGAGGUUCUCAUCGGCCAGGAGGCCAAACAGUUCACUAAAGGAGACCUGACCCCGGUUCCCAAGCCAGAAGCAGUUCAGACGCUGUACAUGAGAAUCCUGCAUCUCCUGUACCGCUUCAGGCCUGAGUGCCACUCCAUGGUUCCCUUUUCAGAGAACAUCCAGUAUCCGGGCUACCAUGAGGGUGCUACUGCCAUAAUAAGUGUCUACACACGGAUGAGGCAGUUUCUGCCGACGUGCCUGGUGUACGACUUUUCAUUGAAUGACCUUCUGGCUCCAAAAAAACAGAAGACUCUGGUCAUUCUGAGUGCCAUCAUGAACUUUCUCCACUUCAGGAAGGAGAGGAUGGUGUUGAUACUGGAGAAACAGGCCAAAUUUAGGACAGACAUGGACAAACUGCAGACAUACACCAGAGGCAACCGGGAAGCAGAGAAGAAGAUUGAGCAGCUAACGACCGUCCCACCAGAGCAGCAGGCCGAGGCAGAUGAGCUGGCUGCCGCUCUCUCUGAGCUGCAGGCCACCACCGUGCAUGAAUACCAGGAAGUGAACGUCAAAAACGAUAACAUUGCAGAGUGGAAAACCAAAAUAGCAGAGAAGACGCAGAAGCUGUCCCAAGUGAAGGUGGACGUCAGCAACCUGAAAGAGGACAUCACCAAACUCAAGUCUCAGAUCGUGGAGUCUCCAGAGGAACUGAAGAGCCAGAAGGAGAAGAUGAAGGAAGCUGCGAAGAAAAUCAAGAACUCCAUAGCAGAAACAGACGAGUAUGUGGUGGAGAUGCAGAACAGGGUGCAGAGCGUGGCCCACGCUGAGGCCGAGCUCCAGCAGAUGAACAGCCUGCUGCAGGACCUGGAGAGCAGCAUGAACAACACCAGGCUGCGUCAGGAAGAGUACCAGGAGCUGUUGAUUCAAAGUGAGAAGAUGCAAAAGGAGCUGAAAAGUCUGUGCAGCGAGGAGGUCCAGCUGAAGCGGGCUCUGGGCAUGAAGCUGGAUAAGGAGUGCAAACAGAACAUCCGCAGGCAGAAGAAGAGAGAGACGAAGGAACACCAUGUCCAGGAAGUGCUGGGGCAGUGCAACCAAAUCCACCAGAAACGCGAGGAGAUGGCGGAUAAGAUCCAAGCGAUCGUCGGAGAGACCCGUCAGCUGAAGGCCAAGAUCAAGAGCCUGAGAGACGUCUGCAGCAAAGAGACGGAGAAGGCCCAGGCGCUGUAUGACACCCUGUCAACAUCAAUGGAUGGUCUUCACAAGAGGAUCGAGAUGCACAUUACAGACCUGAAACUUCACCAAGAUGUCUAACUUUUCCAUAUAUCUAACUUGUUUUGUUUUUUUUCUCCUUCUGUCUGUUUAGUUUUUUAUUUAAUAAUCUUUGUGAAUCAACUUGACUGUCUGGUGGGCUGAUGAGUGAAAUAACUUGUAAUGUCAAAAAAUGUUCUCCCCAUUUUUCCUUGUCUUUACCCUCUCUCUUUGCUACAAUUGUAUUUUACAAGAAAUGAAUGAAUAAACUGAAUAUUAGAAAAAA